AGAAAGAAUACCCUGCCUGUCUACGCCAUUAAACCAUGUCGUCACGAAUUUAGCUUCGUUUUUAGCAGAGCUUUUGAAAAGCAAGCGUUUGUUAGCAGCUCCUGGAGAGCGGCCGGAUUUGACAAAAUACAAUGGGGAUGGAAGACGAAGCUGACCGGACGCUUUUUAUUAGGAAUUUGGAUACACGAGUAACGGAGGAGCUUUUAUUCGAGCUCUUCUUGCAGCAGGCAGGACCUCUCAUCAAAACCAAAAUUCCAAAAGAUGGCGGUGGAAAACGGAAAACGUUUGGUUUUGCCGUGUACAAACACGAGGAGUCGGUGCCGUAUGCCAUGCAGCUCCUAAACGGGACGUCGCUGUUUGGUAGAACGAUCCAUGUGCAAUUCCGAUCAGGCAGCACUCACAGCAACAGUCCUGGGAACUCGAGUCUUACAAGUACUCCUAAUCCCCAUGGAGUGAGGAUGUCGCUGCAGUUCACGGCUCCUCAAUACAUUCCUCCAGCUGUAAUGCAAAGGUCGCUUUCAUCACCAGAUAGUCUGCAGAAGCAUGCCAUGAUGAACAUGAUGUGCCAGCAACAGCUUCAGCACAGUCAUCAUCAGCAGCAGGACAACAGGAACAACUACCACCAACAGAAUGCCUGGGGGGGUGGCGGCCGUCACCACGACGGCAGGCGUAGCAGCAGUCACCACGAGGACAGGAGCGGUAACCGUGGUUAUCAAGAUAGUAGGUGGAGACGCUACUGAUGCAAGGGAAAGAGACUCAUUUAUGAUCAUGUGGACAAUUUAUAGCAUAUGCUCAGGUUGUUUUCUAUAUGAUCUGAGAAGAUUUAGUAUCUUUACCUCGCCCCCCAUUUUCUUUUAUAAUGUUUUUAAAUUUGUACUUGAUGUGAGCCAUCUCACAUCACAUCAGGCCCAUGAUGGAAAUGUGAUUAUUGUUUAGGACAACAAAAAAAGGACAUUGUUUUGUUCGGCCUGUUUUUAUAUUAUUUUAAAAAAAGAAAAAAGAUUGAAAUGGUGCUCACUAUAGUUGUACAAUGUUCAGGUCAUGCAAAAAAGAAAAAAAUCCACCAGCACCACUACUUCUGCAACGAUGAGCUCAGUAAAAAUGAUCCUUUUUAUUUUUUUAAUCUUGAUUUUGUAAGACAAACUUGUAAUGUUUUAAAGCGAUCAUGAUUUCAUCAUAAACGUUCUUUGGCUUAA